AUUAUUUUUAAUCGAUGUUUUCCUAAAUAAUUCUUAUUAUUUAUUUCUUGGUUUUGGAUUUAGUUCUUUUAUGUAUUUUUUUAUUUUUUGUUUCUUGAAAAUUCAACAGUAUCCAUUCUUUAGCACUCUUUAUCAAAUUACAAUAAUUAAUUUUUUAGAUCUUCCCAUUUUUUUAACCGUAACUUAGUCGAGAACUAAGGAGAAGAAAGGACUUUUUAAAUUGGAAAGACAAAUUAUACUCCACAAAAAGAAAAUAAUGGCCCCUCCAAGUUUUUCUGAUCUGGGAAAGCAGGCUAGAGAUGUAUUUAAUAAAAAUUAUAAUUAUAGUUUUGUUAAACUUGAUUGUAAAACCAAAACCAGUGGAGGGAUGGAUUUUAGUGUGAGUGGUUCUUCAAAUAUUGAAACUGGAAAAGUGGUUUCAUCACUUGAAUCUAAAUACAAAGUGCCAGAAUAUGGCUUAACAAUGAGGGAGAAAUGGAGUACUGACAAUGUGCUUUUAACUGAAAUUUCUGUUGAAGACAAACCAAUUAAGGGAUGCAAGCUCUCAGUUGAUGGUAGUUUAGUUCCUCUUACUGGGAAGAAGUCUGCAACUGUUAAAAGUGCUGCAAAACUUGAAAACCUUAACCUUAAUGUAGAUUUGGAUGUUGAUAUGAAAACUCCUGUGUGGCAUGUUGCAGCUGUGAUGGGCCUUCGUGGUUGGCUUGUUGGAGGUCAAGCUUCAGUUAAUGCCUGCAAAGGAAAUAUAUUGAGAAAUACCUUUGCUGUUGGAUAUGCCACAGAUGACUUUGUUCUACAUACUAACGUAAAUGAUGGGCAAGAGUUUGGUGGAUCAGUUUACCAAAAAGUAAAUGAAAAUCUAGAAACUGGAGUUCAGCUAGCUUGGUCAUCUGGCAAUAAUGCCACUUCCUUUGGCCUAGGAUGUGUUUACAGCAUUGAUAAAGACACUUCUUUAAGGGCAAAGGUGAAUAACUCCAGCCAGAUUGGAUUAGGCCUAUCUCAUCGAUUAAGACAAGGUAUUCAGCUAACAUUAUCAGCAAUGGUAGAUGGCAGAAGCUUUAAUCAAGGAGGACAUAAACUUGGUCUUGGUUUAGAUUUUGAAGCUUAAAACUCAGUAUUUUCAGCCAAAUAUUUCAGUCAUUGCUAUUUAUUUUCUGUUCGGGUUAGAAUACGUAAAAAAAAAUAUAAUUAUCAUUGCAUUUGAGACACUGUCAGUGUUUGGCAUUUAUUGUGGAAUAGUGAAGUAUUAGAUUUAUCUUUUAUUAUAUCUAUGUUUUUAGAUAUUUUUUUUUAAUGCUAGAGUAUUAUCUAAACUUUCUGAAAAUUGUUAUUUAACAAUGUGAUUAGUUUCUAUUUUAAAAUUUUACUGGUAGCAAAAAAAUAUUUAUUAAGAAAGAGUAUUUACUUUAAAACUAGUCUUUUAUCAUUUCUUUAUAUUUUUCAAUGUGCUGCUGUAAAAUAUCCACUUAUAUGCCUCAUAUAAAGCUGUACAAUAAAUAUCUGUAAUUAAAUGUUCUUCAUAAACAACCUUUGAUUAUUUAAUCCUAAUUUCAUAUUUAGUAUCAAAAUUCUUUUCAUAUACGUUACAAAAUGUAUGGUUAAAAUCAUGUGUCUAUGUGUUAUUUAACUACCUUAUAAGAUCUGAUUAUAAUUGUAUUGCACAUACUUAAAUUAAUGAUUAUUUUUACAAUUUCAGCUAAGGCUGUCUCUAAAUUUGUUCUCGUCCAUGUUUUUUCAGUGCACUGCAAUAUAAUAGUUGUAAUAAAUAUUUGAUUCAAAAUA